CCAUUUAGAUGGCAAUAAGCCAAUAACUUUGGAGUCUUUGCAGUUUUACCGCCGAUUUAGUGUCGAAAUAAAUUCUGGUUUGAUCGAUUUUUAUUAAAAUUAACACCAAAUAAAAACUUCGCGUAACGGAUAUUAAUAUAGACAGUGGUAAAUGCUUAGCAAUUGAGGGUAAUUAAAUUAACCACGAUCACUUGUGAUAAUUAUUAUUACUAACAAAAAAUUUAACGACCAAAAAAGCUUCUCGUCUCCCUCAUUUAUCUUCCACUAUAUAUUCGUCACAUCACACUCAUAAUCUCUUACAAAAAAUCCAACACACAAAAAGAAGCAAUGGCCACUAAAUCUACUUCCAAGCCUCUUCUGCUCUCAUUUCUAAUGAUGUCAUAUCUCAUAUCGAUCUUUCAUGUCAUCACUGUCGCCGAGGGAAGGACUCUCCAGAUCACGACGCUGGCUAAGGACCAUUCCGGCGCCGGAAACUUAAUGGAUUGUUGGAACGCGGGUUUAGAGCUUAAGUCAUGCACCGACGAGAUUGUCAAGUUCUUCCUUAGUCAAACCGGUACGACUGAACCGGCGGUUAAAGGUGGAAUUGACAAAGAUUGUUGUGGAGCCAUUGGGUUGGUUGUGAAAGAUUGUUGGUCCGUUAUGUUUACUUCUUUAGGGCUUACGACUAUGGAAGGGAAUAAUUUGAGAGAGUAUUGUGAGUUUCAAGCGGAGAAGCCGGAGUUGUCUCCGUCUCCGGCGCCGGAAACUUUGGCUUUGUCUCCGGUUGAGAUAACGUACCCCGGACUUGAUUAAUUAUAUAGCCUUUCCUUAAUAUUUUAAGUUAAUAAAAGUUCACUCUUACCAUUGAA